AUGGCCCGAGAGUUGCAGGCCGAGUUAAGCCCUAUGGCCGAGUGGGCACAAAGUGGGAGCAAGGCUUCGGUCGAUGCUUUGAUGAACAGCUGGUGCACCCGGCUGGAGAGCCUUGGCUCUCUGUCGUUAGGGCAAGCCAUGCAGAUGAAGCAGACGAUCCAGGAUCUGAGCUUCGAGAGCACCCUGUCAGAACGGUUGCUUGAAAAAGUUGAAGCCAAAGUUCUGGCAACGGCCACGGCUGCAACACCGCCGCCAGAUACUACAUAUAUGCCUCACAAGCGAAAGGAGGAAAGCAAGCCGCAGACCUUGCUGAAGCCGGAAAACUUCAUCACGGUCACUGAGUGGUCUAUGCUGGAAAAGUCGCCAGCACCGGCAAGGCUGGAAAUCCUUCUGAAAAGGUAUCUGCAGCUGGGCCUGAGGAACCUCACAGAACAGACGGUCAAGAAAGGCCUGGCCUUCCUCUUGGCACUGGCAGCCGGCGAGCUCAGUCAGAUGCCGACAUAUGAAGAGAUCUACGAAGAGGUCCAGGUCUUCAAGAGAUCUUGGGAAUCCGUGAAAACGGAUGCAGAGCCGACUGAGGUCGGCCUGCUCACGUAUCCCGAUGACCCCAGCAGCUUGCCGAAGGCUCUGUUCGACCGAGCCUACAAGGCUGAGGACCCGCCCAUGGGCAAAGACGUGAGGGCUGGGAUCUGGCUAGCUCACAUUCCGAUGCGAUCUACUUCCAAGCUCUUGCAGAAGAACAAGAAGCAGAGGCUGCCGAGGCCAGAUGGCCAGGCCGCCGUGUCUGAGCAGCAUGCGAACGAGUUCCAGAGCCGCAUGGAGCAGUGCUUCGGGCGACUGGAAAGAAUGCUGGACCAGGGCUGCGGUCAGAAUGCCAUCCAGGAUGGUGGGCGAAGGGAGCUGCAGCUUGCUGCAGGCGCAAGCGAGCUGAGCAGCAGCAGUGCCGGGGUCGGCUUUGCUCUGGGCAACCCAGCCCAGCCGGUUUCGGCUGCGACACAGCAGACCUCGCCAGGGCGACAGUCGGCCUUGCAGCUAGCCCUGCCUCCAGCCGAAGAACCCGAAGCAACGGAGUCGCUCCCUGCCGAGAACGAUCUCGAGGACGAAGCUUUGUUCAAGAAGCUCAAAGAUCGCAAAGCUGGGAUUCUGAAGAAGCCGGCCGCUGCAGCUGCAGCGAGUGGCCAAGGAAACUUGGCAAAGAACAAGACAAAAACGAAUGGCCAAGGCCAAGAUCCAAAGAAGAAGGGCAGCGGCAAAGGCAAAGGAAAGUCCAAGGACAAGAGUGCUUCGAAGAAAGGCCAAGGCAAAGCAAAGGAGCAGCAAGCCCAAGGCUCGCAUGGAAAGCGGAAGUUCCAAAUUGUCUGGGAGGACGGCUGCAUCCAGAAGAACUAUGCUUCUCGCAUGUACAAGCGAGCCGGAACGUGGGCAAAGCAGCAAGGCUUCUCGGAGCAGCAAGUGGUAGAGUGCCAGCGAGAGGCCCACAGAGAGGCCAUUCUGCUGUGGAAGAAGAAGAACGGCUGCUAA